GUCCAUAGGCUUUCCUUCCAUCCGAACGGUCAGCAGCAGGUAUCUCUGUUCAAGUCGCACGUUGGGAUCGCGGUUUCAACUCACAACGCUCCUGCCGGCACUGGCACGACGCAAGCACAGCACACAGGCGGCCAAAUGGCUCAGAACAUCCUCUCGAAGGUCCCCGGCCCAUCAUGAUUUAAAGCAGGACCGCCAUAGGGCUGCGCACCGACCAGCAUCCAAUAGACUGACACGCUCACAUCCAUCUGCAUUUUCUCGGAAAUGUCCGCUGACAAAGCACGGGAGAAAGAACAGCGUCGCGCGGAGAAAGAGGCGCGCAGGGCUAGGAGAGCAGCGAAGCGUCAACGAAAGCUGCAAAAAGCUGAGCGGCGGGAGAGCAGAAGGGCGAGGAAGGAGAGGAAAACUGUCAGCAGCUCAACACUUGCGCCGGCACCUCUGGCUCAUGCUAAAGCGGCAAUCGGCAAUGCCGGAGAGCCAUUGGGCGCCUUGUCUGUGUCCAGAACGAGGGAAGCGAACAGCUCUACUGCUGCGGCUGGAGCAAAGCGAUCGGGGCCAGUGACGGAGAGCGGAGCGGAUCGACACACUGGAAAGAAGCGCCGUCUGGAAGCGAAGGGCGGCUCAAAGCGCUCCGCCGAUGUCACUGACAGCACAGUCACCGGCGCAAUCGCGACUAGCAAUUUCUCUGCCCCACUAGUAGACUUGUCCAAGCAGCAGCUCAAGAUCAAGGCCGCGGAGCUGGUCGAGCGUUUCCUUUCCGAGCAACUCUCUCAAGGCGUCCGCAAGGAGGAUAUCAUCCCUGAGCAAGUAGAUAAAUCCCGGCUGACCCUGGGGUCAAAAGCUAACGAAAGCAAAAGAGAACGCAAACAGCAUGACAAGCUGGCAGCGUAUGUUGAGAAACGUCUGGAGAAGGCAGUCAGGAAGCGAGAGACUGGGUUAACGGCGCGUGCACAGCUAGCACCGGCUUCAACCUCAGCAGUGCUCUCUUCAAGCUCGAUUCAGAUCCCAGCGACGCGCGCGACACCUGCUGCACCAGUGAGCCCGGCGAUACAAUCCACAAACCCCUUUCUGCGCGCACAGCAACAAAAGCAACAGCAGCAGCGAAAUGCCCACGCUUCGCAUUUCCCGCCCAACUUUGACUUUAGAUCGAUGACAGAUCGGCUCGUUGCUUCUUCUUCAUCUCAACGUGCUUCAUCACAUGGGCAAAGCGCCUCCAGCGCCGGUCAGGAGACAUCUUCCUCCUCUGAUCAGGCUUCGCGAGUGCCAUUCGCAGCGAAUAGCUCGAGCGCAGGCAUUUCCGGCCGCUCAAUCGGCGCGGGCAUCUCAUCCUACGGCGCAGGAUCAGGUAUGGGCUCCACCAUCGCGGACAAAAGAUGGGCCUCGGCCGGCCCUAUCCCGAAAGCCGAGGCGAAUCAGCGCGAGAACAAGGAGGCAUUGAUUGCUGCGAAUAUGGACUGCUCUCACACUGACAUGUUGGAAAAGCUCUACAUGCCUAAACAGUUCAAGUGGCUCAAGGAGGCCUAUGGCUUGGAGUGGAAGUCUAGUCACUUCAGCAAGGCGGAGGAUGCUGUGAUCGAACAGGGCGCGGAAGAGUUUGCCAGGAACAAUGACAUGACGGUGGAUAAUGUAAAGGGCUUGUUCCUAGAUCGACCAACGGCAGAACAUGCACGGCUGUACGCCAGUCUCACAUCGUACCUGGUACGAAAGCUCGGGGAUCGGCCUGCGCGCAAUUUGCGGAUACACUGCAGUGCAAUGUGGAAUCCGGACAGAGUGAUCAAGGGUACAUGGAAAGUGCAAGAAGUGGAAGGAUUGAUGCAAGCUUAUGACCGACAUGGCCCCCGCUGGGAGCGAAUAGGCAACGAGCUUAACAGGCCUGGACAUGCUUGUAGGGCGCGCUACGCUUUCGAGCUCGGCAAGAGAACUGCCGAAAAGGGUAAAUGGUCAGAAGAAGAGAGUCUCAGGCUGCUGCAGGCGGUGGAGGACCAGUGUGAGAAGAGGGGUAUUCAACCUGCGGACAUUUUGAAAGGGGAUCAGAGAUUCUCGUGGCUCGCGGUCGAGAAGGGGAUUAAGAGCAGAACUGCCCAGAUGUGCAGGGAUAAAUGGGAAACCAUCUUCUGCAGAUCAGAGCGCGCGAAACGAGGACAGCCAAUCAAGUGGAUUCGUGCUCGUGAUGACUUUCUCUUGAUGGGGCUGCUCGAGACGCAGACUCAAGCUAUCGAUGAGAAUGACGACAUCUUGAUCCACUGGAGAGAUUUCCAAAAGGAAGACUGGUGCUGGGACGUGGCGUCGAUGCAGCGUCGAUGGGCUUCCUUGAAACAGCGACAUGCCCCUGACGAGGCGACGAUGAAGGAUGCACUUGCCAAGAUUACAGGACCUGUCACGGCUGCUUAUGAGGAAUGGCAAGCCCAGGGAAGUCCCUUGAACUCGCAUCCCGUCGAUGCGUUGGGCAGACCAUCCAGCUCGACCACAAGGCUACCUCGGAAGACCAAGUCCCAGAUUCAGAUGGAAGACCUGAUUGACACUGAUGAAGAGGUUUGAUACUAGCAUAGCGGUCUACCCCGCUGCUGCCUCGUGAUUUACAAUCGCAGACUUGUAUUCUAGUGAGCGUAACACACCACACACAAUGUCCACUUACAAGACACUGACCGACGUGACCGCCGAGCCAGCGGAAGCACGAUUGUACGGCUGGCAGCGCGUGGUUUGACAACCUUUCGGAUUUCGUCCAGCUCCACCUCACAACCAGACUUUCUGCAGAAGACAAAGGUACACCUUGUAGCCAACA